AUGGAUACAGAUGUUGAGAAGAAUAUUAAAAUUUGGAAAAUGAAGAAGUUGGUGAAGUCGUUGGAGAAAGCUAGAGGUAACGGUACCUCUAUGAUUUCGUUGGUUAUCCCUCCAGGUGGUCAAAUUUCUCAGACUCAGAAAUUGUUAACAGAUGAAUAUGGUACUGCCUCGAAUAUUAAGUCGAGAGUUAAUAGGCUGUCUGUUUUGUCGGCAAUCACUUCUACACAACAAAAGUUGAAGUUAUAUAACCAAAUACCUGCGAAUGGUCUAGUUUUGUACUGUGGUGAUAUUAUUACUGAGGAAGGUAAGGAAAAGAAGGUCACAUUUGAUAUUGAACCUUAUAAACCAAUUAAUACCACUCUGUAUAAGUGUGACAAUAAGUUUCGUACCGAGGUACUUUCGGAGCUACUUGAGGCAGAUGAUAAGUUUGGAUUUAUUGUGAUGGAUGGUCAAGGUUGUUUGUUUGGUUCUCUAUCAGGUAAUACUAGAACUGUGUUGCAGAAAUUUACUGUUGAUUUGCCAAAGAAGCACGGAAGAGGUGGUCAGUCUGCUGUUCGUUUUGCUCGUUUGAGAGAAGAGAAAAGACACAAUUAUGUUAGGAAGGUUGCCGAAGUUGCCGUCCUGAACUUUAUCACCAAUGAUAAGGUCAAUGUAAAGGGUUUAAUUCUAGCCGGUUCUGCAGACUUCAAAAAUGACCUGGCAAAAUCUGAUUUAUUCGAUCUACGUUUGGCAGCCAAGGUGGUUAAAGUUGUAGAUGUUUCUUAUGGAGGGGAGAACGGUUUUAAUCAAGCUAUCGAGUUGGCUGCCGAGGCGCUAGCGAACGUUAAGUUUAUCCAGGAAAAGAAGUUGCUUACUGAUUAUUUUGAUGAAAUCUCUCAAGACUCUGGUAAGUUCUGUUAUGGUACUGAGGAUACUUUGAAAGCUUUGGACUUGGGUGCAGUGGAGACUUUAAUUGUAUUUGAAAAUCUAGAAAUUGUUAGAUAUGUCUUCAAAAAUUCUGAAGAUGAGGAAGUUAUUAAAUUCGCCAUUCCAGAUCAAGCUGACAAAUCUUACGCUGUUGAUAAGGCUACUGGCACAGAAAUGGAGGUCAAGGAGGAACAACUGCUUAUCGAGUGGUUGGCAGAACAUUACAAGGAGUUCGGUGCUACCUUGGAAUUCGUCUCAGAUAGAUCCUCUGAAGGAUCCCAAUUUGUCACUGGUUUUGGUGGUAUUGGUGGAAUUCUGCGUUACAAAGUUAACUUUGAUCAGUUGGUUGAUGAUUCGGGUGACGAAUACUACGAUGACGACGAAGGAUCAGAUUAUGACUUCAUUUAA